AUGGCUGUCUACUUGGAUUCUUGGCACAACUUUGAGGAGAGUAUGGGGGGCUCUCGGCCUGUCUUGAAAGGCACGGCCGAGGAGAUGCGAAAUCAAUUCUCCGGGCUAAUUUCUUUCCUCGCGACACAAAGAACUCGAACUUGGGACAAUCUCACUGUCAAAGAUGAUAAUAUUAACGGUAUCGCAAUCCGAACCUAUAUUCCAAAGUCUUUUGAGGGGAAAGAUGCCCCCGUGGCCGUUUUCUACCACUCAGGGGGCUUUGUCGUGGGUGAUUUGGAUUCCGAAGACGCUUUUUGUCGCACGAUCUCUGCCGACGCCAAUAUGGCAGUUAUUAGUGUUGACUAUCGACUGUCUCCCGAGCACAAAGCGCCUGCGCAGCUCGAAGAUGCCCUGGCCGUCUUUGAGUGGAUAUAUAAAAACGCAAGCAGCAUCGGAGUAUGUUCCGCACGGAUGUUCACCAUUGGCACUUCCGCCGGUGGAGCAUUAGCCCUGGCGGUUACUCGAAAGAUUGUGCUUGGCCAGUCUACCGUUCCCACAGAUACAGUGAAAGGAAUAUUCGCACUCUGCCCGUUGGUUGUCCAUCCUUCGAAUGUCCCCGCGGAGUACAAGACUCUAUACACUUCAUUCGAAGAGCACAAAGAAAGAGUGCCUAUAAUCGACAAAGAAUGUCUGUUAGAGAUGUACAAUUGCGCUGGCCUCCAGCCCAAUAACCAGAACUACUACCCGGUUUUAGAUCCCGAGAGCUUGAAAAGGUUUCCCCCAACCCAUAUCGUUACCUGCGAGAAUGAUCCCCUGCGGGAUGAUGGGAAGUUAUUGAGUAGUGCCCUCUCCGCUUCUGGAGCUGUUGUGGAUACAAAACACUUUGAUGGCUUGCCACAUUGCUUCUGGAUAAUUCCAUCUCUCCCUGAAUCAGAACUCUUUCUACAAGACUUAACUCGGAGAGUGAAAGAGGCCGUCAAGGGGAUGUCUCUUAGUAUCAAUUGA